ACAUGGUCUGCAGCAAACUGGCGAUCACGAUCGCAUUUGAUAAACUUUCUUGCUACUGACCGGACACCAACAGCUGUCAUGAUAUUGGCGUGGAUUGUGGCUUGUGUUUUUCUUUCAGAUGUAUCACUUGGUAAUGUGUUGUUCAGACGAGACGACUCUGAGUCGCAAGUCAACCUGACAACAAUAGGAGAAACACAGGAGCAUGACGGAAGUGGACACCCUUUUCCUUUCUGCCAGUCGCAUCCUCGCUGUGGAGCUAAAAUGAAGACCAUCUUGAAGCUAUUCUCGGUCCCGGACUUCAAAGCUCUCGCUAAUUCUGAAUUUCUAGAUAAGAUUUGCGCAGAUGAUUACCUAGGAGACGCUUGUACAGGCACCGAUGUCUGCAAAGAUAUGUUCUUCUCGAAACAUCCAAACCCAAUUGUAUUCCUCAGAAAUUACUUUUGUGAUAACAGGCAAGUUCUAGAAUCAUCAAUGGACUGUUGGGAACAACAAGCUGUACAAAAAGCAGUAACACACUGUAGACGGACAAACAACUUAGCAUCAUGCAAUGAUUACAAUUCUUACCGGCCCUGCAUUCUCGACUACCUGGCCACCCAUUUUGCUGAAUGUGGCGACGUUCAAGUAGCAUUCAUCCGAGAGUUAAUCGAUGUCAUUAUUAACCCGACAGAAGAGGAUUGCAAAGCGAUGGAAGAAUAGGGACAAAUGUUAAUGUGAACGCAGAUUAUCUUGCACGAUCUGGUAGGUCUUCAUAGUGUCCUAUAGCCCUCCACUGCUGAAGAUGGCAACGAGAAUCAACUGAAUUUAUAGCCAUUGUAAAUACUAGUCUCAGAAUACCCAAUAUCACGACGGAGUUUGACAACUGGCCGAUCUCUGGAAUUCUACGACUGUCCAGUUGCUAGUCUGGGCGGUCUUACAACUCGAUUCUCGUCGUAAAUACAGCUCCUACGACCGAUUGGUUGUUAAUAAUCUGAGCGCACCCAUCGUAAGUCGGAAGUUACGAAAAAUUACAACGUAACCGUCGAGUUGGCCAACGUCGUCGUGACAGUUGAUAGUCUGACACUAGCAUAACAAAUUUAUUUGCAUUUGCUUAAAGAACGGAUAUUUGUGUUCAGAGCAUUUCUGGGGCCUAAUUCAUUAAACUUUCGCAACUUUGCGAUCUCGCAGUGCAA